CCUACUACCAUUAGUAAAAACCAAAUUACAUGAAUUCCAGGAUUUAUAAAUCUUCCAUAGUCUCUAAAGAGAUGCAUGAGAACAGGAGGGAGUAAUAAAAAUACCACAUUACUCAACUACAAGCAAAAUAACAAGUAUAAAAAUUUCAACGUGAAAACUCUUUAAUCUGCUACGCGCUACUUAAAAUUUAUGAAGCAUACAACAAAGGAAGUUGAUAAGGUCUUUUGUGUUCCUUUGUAUUAGUAACCCAUGCUUACGCUGGAAGCAGUUUGAUAGACACUAAUGAUUUUUUGCACCAAGUACGGUACAUAUUUAUUGCAAUCUGAGCAAACAAUGCUUCAUAAACAUAUUUAGGUGAUAAAUAAACAUCUUGUGAGUGUUGUAAUCAGAAAUCGGAGACAAAGAUAUACAUUAUAUAUAUAUGACCGAUGCACUAUGAUCACAAUGAUAAUAGAAAGUGUACAUACAACAGAGUUGCAGAGUAUUUUCAGGCCUCAUUUUAGUCUUACUGGAAUGGAAGUGAAUGGAAGUUCUUAGGUUGGUAGUGUUUGUACAAGUUGUAUUGUUUGUAUACCAUGAGUUUCUUAUACAACACGUGAUGAUUUGAUUACUUUUUUAUAUCCGUCUAUAAAAUAAGACAUGCAGCGUGCAGUUGAAAAAUGAGUUCUUUUAAUUACAACUCCACAGUUCUGUAAUAAGAUAUAGUUAUAGUAAUUGCAAUUACAGUUGCAUUACAAAUAUUUGUUGUUCAGAGAAAUUUAUAUUUUAAUUAUGAGCUUUUGCAUACACGAUUCAGACGUUGUUUUGUGUAACAAUGAGGAAAUCAUUGUGUAUAACAUUCAAGAUAAUACAGAAACUGUAAUUCAUUUACCCGAAUUGCAAACUGACAAAAAAAUGGAUGUACAUAAUAAUGUAAAUAUUGAAACUUUUCACACCAUUACAAAUGUAAUGUUUUCAAAUGAUGGAAACUAUUUUUUGGUCUGUACAAAUCGUAAACAGCUCUGUUUAUAUGAAAGGAAAAGCCAAAAACUUAUAUUGAAUGAAGUGCUUCCUAGAGCAGCUAGCAAAGUAACAUUUACUCCAAUUAAUGACAUAGUUGUUGCUGAUAAAGCAGGAGAUGUUUACUUAUUUUCUAGUAAGAGACCUGGCAAUGGAAUCUUGCUUUUAGGACAUUUAUCAAUGUUACUUGAUGUAUUAAUUACAGAAGAUGAUAACUAUAUUAUUACAACAGACAGAGAUGAAAAGAUUAGAGUGUCAAUGUUUCCAAAUUCGUACAACAUUAUGUGCUACUGUUUAGGACACCAAAAAUUUGUAACAAAUAUUUUGGAAUUACCUCAUGACAAAAGUAUUUUGGUAUCUUGCGGAGGAGAUGGCAAACUUAUACUGUGGGAUUAUAAAAUUGGAAAAGAAUUAUUAUCUGUUGAUUUUAAUGACAAAAUAUCUAAAAGUGACAUUGAAGAAUUUAAUCAGCAGUUCCAAGGUUGUCAUUUGGAAGAAACUAUUGAAAUUUUACCUGUUAAACAUUUAAGGCUUUCAGCCAUAACUGCAACAUCAUCUUUAGCAGUAAUGAGCUUUUAUAGUAGUCCAUUGUUACUGGUUUACAUUGUCAAUGGUACAAUGUCAAACUUUGAAAUAAAUUAUUUGCAGUCUAUAGUUACAGACAGUGAACCACUAGAAUGUUAUAUUCAUAAACAAAACUUAUGGUUAUUAAAUGACCAUGGAUUUAAAAUAUAUGAAUUUAAAGACAAUUUUGUACCUAGCAAUGGAAUGGAUUAUAAAAUAAAUCAGUUAAAUAGCUUCUGGAAAACAUUAAAGAAAGAUACUGUUCAACAAAAUUUAUUUUCAAUUUUAUAUAAAAGAAAAUACGACAAUGUUCAAGAGUAUUUGCAAAGGAAAAAAACACGACUUGGAAGUAUUUCUGAGUAACAUAUGUCAGGUGAAUUAUAAAUUGUUUUUUAUAUUGAAACCAUAUAAAGUAAAAUUAAAUAUGGACAGACGAUUUCUUAUAAAUUUUAUGUAUUAUUCAGAAAUUCGUGAAGCAUUUGUUAAAGCAUUUUGACAU